ACAAAGGUUGUAUGAGAGUCUGCAGGAGUGGUUUGGGCCUGCAGUGUGCGUGGGCGGGACUUUCCACUCGUUUUUGUCCUCACGCUCCAAUAACCAAGAGGCACCUUUUUUCAUUUAUGACCACCAAAAGGCCAAGUCCUAUUUGAAGGACCUACACACAGUGGAUCAACGCAGAGUUGUGCCAAUAUGAAAGGACACAGCUGAGGACAUUUAUUGUUAACUGUACACACUCUACUGGGUUCUUCUUUGUAAUGCAGUAUGUUCUAGCUGUGUUCAGUGACUACAGCCCUGCUACAGCAUUGUGGAUUGCAAUUGUGCGGACAAUUUACUUAUCUCUGUCUCCUGGACCGUUCUGAUGUUGAUCUCGUGCUGUGGUUAGAGAGACUACAUGGCUUCAGGUGGAGCAGAGGAAGACGAUGGAGGCAUUCCAUUGGACAUUGACAACGUGCACAUGCUCCUCCAAGUGGAACAUGAACAGAUUCAGAAAAGGACAUUCACCAACUGGAUAAAUGCUCAACUCUCUAAGAGAUGCCCUCCCUCAUAUGUGUCAGACCUCUUUUCUGACAUCAGAAAUGGGUCACAGCUGCUCGACCUGUUGGAGGUGAUGACUGGCCAACCGAUGAAACGACAAAGAGGCCGUGGGGUUUUCCAGCAGAGGGCCAACAUUGAAACAGCACUGAACUUUCUCAAGAGAAAAUCUAUCAAAUUGGUGAACAUAAACAUCUCAGAUAUCAUAGAUGGACGGCCCUCCAUCAUCCUCGGACUUAUAUGGACAAUCAUCCUCCACUGUCAUAUUGAGGAGCUGGCCAGCACUCUCUCCUUCAGCUCUUGUCAUUCCUCCCUCGACUCUUUGGCCAGCCUGGACUCCUGGUCAGGGAGCCCAGUCCCAGCUAGUCCGGUCCCUGCAGGCCGGACAUCGCCUCUCCACAGACGCUUCCGAAUGUCCGCCAAGAAGGCCCUGCUCAUGUGGGUCAGGGACCAAUGCCAAAAGGUUGGAUGCUCUGUCAGUAUGAAGGACUUCAGGUCGAGCUGGAGAAGUGGUGUUGCCUUCUUGGCCAUCCUGUGUUCUCUCAGACCGCAGCUGGUUGAUCUCUCACUGGUCCAGUCCAGAAGCAACCAGGAGAACCUGGAAGAGGCGUUCCACCUGGCUGAGAGGGAGCUCCACAUCCCCCGCCUGUUGGAGCCACAGGAUGUUGAUGUUAAAGACCCAGAUGAGAAGUCCAUUAUGACUUACGUAGCUCAGUUUCUGCAGUAUUCCAAUGACAUGCCAGCACCUGAUGACCAUCUGCAGCUGUUUCCUCCAGUCCAACCCUUUUCUCCCUCACCUGUGAACUUGCCUGCUCACUUCACUCCAGCAAUUGCUGUCUCACCCUUACGUCAGGUCUCUCCAAGUGAGCGAAUACUAGAGAUGACUUGCUGGCUGCAUCAAGCCUACCAGGAACUGUCAGAGGCACAGAUGGCUACAGAAAUGUCGAGCUAUGCAGAAAAAUAUCAGGUGUUUCAGAACCUCGCUGACUCCUUCACUGAGCAAAGGAGACCAGUGAUGAGCCUCCUUGCUGCCAUAAGACGCUGCCCUGAGCUGAGCCAAGAGCAGUGUGCGCUCGUGACAGCGUGGGAUCAUCUGGAAGAGGAGCUGCAGAGACGUAAAGCAGACCUGGACUCAAGUCUUCCUUCUCCUCUGAACUCUGUUGUUGUAUGGCUGCAGCGUGCAGAGGCAGCAUUAACAGAAGAUGGAGGAAUAACGCAAGAUCACGCAGAUGCUGCAAAAAAAGCAAGAGCUCAACAAGACAUGCUAAAGACUUUAAUUAAGGAGAUGAGCCACCACAUGAAUAUCCUUGACACUUAUGACAACAUGGAUGACUCAGGGAACGUAGUAGUGCCCCUUGAAAAGUUUGAUGAGAUAAAAAGACGUUUAACCAAUAUCCGAGUCACAGCCAAGUAUCAAGGGAUCAAGUUAGAAUACCAGGAAUCCUGUCACACUGUACUGGAUCUUCUGGGCAGCAUCAAUGCUAAGCUUCAGACCUGGAAAUCGCCCUACACUUCCCAGGAUACAGUACUUGUGCUUCUGCAGGACUGGCAUGAAACAGUGGAGCGCCAAGGCCAGCUUUUGAUUCUGAUGGAUGCGCUCCAAAACCUGAAAGAAAAGGCAAAUGCUUACACUGGCAAGGCAGCACUAAGUCAAGAUUCCCAGCUUAUUACUCGCCAGGUGAAGGGAGCAGAAGGUGAAGCUGAAUUGGUCACACAGGCUGUGACGGCUGUGAGAGGGACGAUGGAGAGAGUGGUGUCUGCGUGGGAGAUUUACAACAAAUGCCUUCCUUCUCUCCAGACAUGGGUGGCACAGAACAUACAAUCGCACACCCAGACUCCUGCUGUAGAGACGCAGGAUAUGGGUGAGUGGACUUCAUGUCAGGCUAAGUUAAAUGAGGCGGGAAAUUUGCUCAUUGAAGUGACAGAAUCUUCAACCAGCCUCACUCUGGCCGAGCAACUCAGGAAGGUCAACAUGCAGUGGGCUGAAUGCAUGAAGAGGAAAAUGUUUGAAGUGUCAUCAGAGCCCAGUGUUGGUCCGAGCUGUCUUCAAAUGGUGUAUUCACUGACCCAGGAGGCCAGCUGGCUACUGAGGCAGCCACUGGAGGUGGCCUCAGUCCCACUGAAGGCUAACAGACAGAAACUACAGCUACUGAGUAAAAAGAUGGCUGAGGUGGACUUUUCAUCUCUCAGUCCAUCCCAAGACUUUCAAACAAGCCACAUAGAGAACCUCCAGCAAAAUCUCCCACAGAUGCUUGCUGAAGCAGAUAGGACAUGUAGAGAGCUACAGCGGGCUGCGUCCAGGCUGGAGGGCCAUUUGGCUGAGCUGGAACGCUGGAGCACAGAGGCCCUGGACUGUCUCCAGCACCUAAAGGGGAAAAAGCACAGAGGACACUCUGCAUCGGAACCUAUGGCCAAAGUACUGAUCUCUCGAGGCUUGCAUCUAGAGAACCAGGUUAUAACUGAGGGACAGGAUCUGCAGGAUUUUGUGGUUCAAGUUCAGAAAACCUGUCCUCUGCAGCACCUCAGCGCCUCUUCAUUGCAGGACAGGAUCUCAGAGGCAGUCUCCCACUGCCAGGAGAUUCUUGGAAUGUUUAGGUCAUUUGGGUUUCCGCGAGAUGUGGAAACAGCCCAUCAAACACAGAGACAGCCAGACGCAGGGUUAUUUGUUGUGGCCAGAACCAAACAUGUAGACCAGAUUGGGAAAGUUAUGCUGCAAAUCCAGGACCCAAAUCAGGUUUCACACAGGACAAUAGGUCUCCAGGUUUGGCCUAUAAAGCAACACACGAACAAAGAGGAUGGACCAACCAUUGUUAUACCCAAUGUCCAAAUCAAAAUGCAGCCUCAGCCUUUGAAGGAACCAGUACAUCCUCUUGCUCAAACUGUAGAAGGGGCUAAAUUUUCAAAAUCCCACACUCAAACUACAAGUCCAAGUCAAAAUGAUGGACCAAAGAACCCAAAACACCCAGUCCGAGAGGAAAAGCAAAGCUCACCCCCCUCACCAACUCAGAUAUCGAAACCCAGAGUAAGCGUUCUACAGAGUAAUAAAACAUCUCCAUGGCAACCUCUCAUGGUCCACGGUGAAGUUCAUUCGAAAGCAAAGUCAAUGGCGAGGAGCAGACUGGAGAAGGCCCGGUUUCGUCUGCAAGGACGCAUCCAGCAAGCCAUGAAGUUAUUUGGGGGCAAAGAGAUUUCAGAGACACAAGCCAAGAGGAAACAGAAAGCUUUAAAGAUUCUGCAGCCUGCCAUCCUCGAGGAGUUCCUGGAUGCAGUGGAGGGUUUGGGGGCCUUUUGCGCUGGGCCCCAACUCCAGGACUUGAUACUCCUCUCUGACUCAGUCAGAAAGCAGUGGGAGGAUGUACGCAGAGAAAUGGCUGCCUUUGUUCCCAUCUUAUGGUCUAAGAUCAGAGUUGGAAAGCAGUCAUUUUCUGUUGUGCAAUGUGAAACGCAAACUAACGCUCUGCAUGAAGCCACUGACCACACUGACCUUGAGUCUUUGCCGCAGAAACAGGCUGUCGUAGAUGGAGCUGCAUCUGUCGAGGAAUGGGCUGAAUCGCUCGAGGAGCUGUGUGAAACUCUAACACCAAGAAAAUCCUCCUGCCUAGCAACAGAUCAACUGAGGGAGUCAGAUGAAGCACAGGAGACACAACCCAGUGACACAAUGCUCCCAUCUGACUGGGGACGGCCGCUCCAUGGAAAGACCCCGCUGAGAGCGACUGGCAUAUUGGCCGACACGCGGUAGAGCAACAGUCUCCCGCAGAAACAAAGCGUGGACAGCCCACAACAAGACCUCUCACCUGUGGGUAGUGCUGUGUCAGUGCCGCCUCGUUGUGAUUUCCUGCAAGUGCAGG